AUGAAUUCUGACAAGAACCAGACCCAGCUCAACCAGGCUGUCAGUGAACAAACUGGCAGCAAACCGGACAACGACAAGCCUUAUGACAGGAAUCAGGCCGAUGGUAAGCGUAAUGACCACCAAAUUCCCGGAACUUACGCUCAAGUCAUGUCAGUGGCCAAACUCGGCUUGAAGAACCGGCGAUCAGGGGCUGAGCUUCAAAGGCGCCGAGCUACCAUUUUGAGGGAACUUGAAAAGACCAGGAAGCUUCUUGCUGAGGUUCGACGUAGGCUGGAAGUAGCCCCAAAUUUUGACGAAGACGACUUGUCUGAACAUAGACAGAGCUUGGAAGCUAGGGCGAGAGAUUUGGAGGCGAAAUCGACCCCGUCUGAGGCGGAGGAAGAUAAAGACCAUGGAUAUGAAGACCUUAUCUACGAGGAUUGCGAUUAUGAGGGCUCUGGAGAUGAUGAAGAUGAAGGUGUUCCCCUCGGACUAGAGGUGCUUUCCGAGAGCCUGCAUGAAGAUAGCUGCAGUAGUGCCGACGACAUCGAGGCAAGCGAGGAAACCAACUCAAAUUUGAACGCUAACUCGGGUGAAGACAGUGACUCGGACACUGAAAUUAACCUGGCCAAGGGAAAGGGUGUCAAAGUUGAUCAGUCUCUGAACGAGGAAUGUUUCUAA